AUGAUGGGAGACGUUUGGUGUGUAGAAAUUCUAUGGAUGUUCUACGGCAGCACGGCGCUGACCAUUUGGCAAUUGAGACUUGUUGGCGGUUGGGAGUCGAGAGACGCGUCCGCGUUCAUUGGACAAACCAAUUUCACAGAUGCGACGUCGAUCAAUCACCGAUCUGCGUGUGACCAAUUCACGCCCAGAUCGUCCACUUGGCAGCAGCUCCGACACGGCCUCAAACCCCUAGCCAAUUUUGCUUUCAGGAACCACCGAUGCGUCAUCAGUUACUCACGGUUCGUCGACCGAGUGUCGCCCAGUUUUCACAAAUGUCCGCUGUGCAAGAACAUUCUCCAACAGCUGUUUGAGGCAAAAUUUAACUCCACCCGGAAACAGAAAAACUGCAUGCAGGCGGAAUUCAUGCGCGGCGCCACGUCGACGAUUCUGCCGUGUUUUAAAGAUCACAUGCGAGGCCAUCGUGAGCGACUUGGGCGGUUUCCAGACUUUGACCGAAGCAUGAUCACCUACGACGAUCUGGUGUAA